GGCGAGCUCAAUGAAUUUGUCAUCGUGCAUGCACACAGGCGCGCGCGCGCGCGCAACAUAUCACAUAUACACAGAGUGCGAAUAAUCUCAAUCAUCUGCUCCGUUGCGACUUCAUUGUAUGCAACUGGAUUUAAACAUGACGUUUUGAUGGAACUGCUAUGAUAUUACCGAAGCGUGUUGCACCUUUUGAGCUGUGUAUGCACGAAGACUCCGUGUAACCGUGGCAGUAAGAUUUACCUCUCAUCUCGUACGUAGAUACAAUUUUUUCCACCACAUUCAACAGAUCUUGCAAAUACAGCAUUAAACAGGUCUAUGUAUAAAGUGUGUUGCAUCAUAAGUUGUAUUCAUGCCUUUUUGUCUAAGAAGUAACGCUACUUGCAAAAUGGAAGAAUAUUCUGUUGCAUCCGAUGUAUCAGUGGUGGAUGUCUACGACAUUGCAUCUGAGAUAGGAAAAGAAUGUGAAAAACUGAUAGACCUGUUUGGAGUAGAGUCUGUAACCAAUCUUAUGCCAAAGGUGAUAAAUGCUUUAGAAUUACUUGAGAAUCUUGCUACCAAAAAUGAACGUGAGAAUACUAUGGUACAAGAACUAAGUGCAAAGAUCUCUCAGCUGGAAAGCGACAAAAUUGGAAAAGCAGAGGAUAGACAACGUUUUGAGAAGGAAUUAGAACAAAUUGAAGAACAUUGGAGGCAAGAGUCCCGUGAUUUAGUAGCUAUGGUCACUAGAUUACAAGAGGAAAAUAGACGAUUAGCUGAAUCUUUGCAAGAAUCACGUAGUGAUAGUCAGUACAGCAGUAAACAAACAACCUUCACAGCUAGUCAGGAAGUUGAUGUGGCUGUUUUGCAACAUUUGAGAUCCAUGAUAGACAAACAGAGGGAUCAGAUUCGCGCCAGAGACCGAGAAUUGUCUCAGAAGACUACAGAAAUUGAAAAUUUGACUGCGCAGGUGGAGAAGCUCAGUGUGGUUGGGCGAGAACUGAAACGUAAGCAACGACAAGCGCAGAUGCAAGCUCGGGGUUUAGUGGAAGAAAGGGCGGAUUUUUUAGCUCAACUGCAGGACCAGAAUCGGGAACUCAUAAAUCUACGUGCUCGGCUUGGCAUGGCUAAGAAAGAGAAUGAAGACUUGACUAAAUUACAAGGCUGUCCAGACUUAACAAAUAAGGCAAUUUACGAUUUGGAUGAUCCCGACAGACCAAGAUUUACGACGUCGGAACUGAAGGAAAUUUUGCACGAGCGAAAUGAAUUGAAAGCAAGGGUUUCAGAUCUGGAAGAUGAAUUGGAGCUAUACCGGCCAAAACCUGAAAUUCUAGAGGAUGACAAAGACGCACCGGUACAGGGACCGCUUCCUUAUGAACCAGAUGAUGCACCUUGGAAGAAAUCCUCCGAAUCCGGCAUUCGUAAAUUUUUCCGAAAGAUAUUCUCCGAAUCCAGCAGCAGCUUCCUCGGUGGUAGUAGUCCCAGACGAAGUCUUUCUAGUCUCUCGAAGAUGGCCCUGUCUGGUAGCAGUACCUGUGAUACAUCUAUAUAAUGCUUUCUUAAAAGCACGUUGGAUAAUCUUAAGCAACUCACGGAAAUCGGAUGAACAAGAACGAUACUUAUAAAUACGCUUUCUGUUCAUAUAAUCAUAUUAGAAUUGUUCGCGGUAUUAUACAUAUAUAUGAUUUUAACAUAGACACGGACCCUCGUAAGAGAGAUAAUCAACCUCAUUAAGACCUGGUUCAUAGUAGAUAGAUAUGCAUGCGAUGUGAACGAACUGAGAACAGUUAAAUCUGUAUAAACCUAUGACGAAGAAAGAAACAUGCAUGUAUAUAUUUGUAUAGUUGUAAAAUAAGGCAAUGUGUAUUUAGCUGCACGAUCUUAGUAUAUCAUUUCGUCAUUCUUUCCAUUUGAUAUUAUCACGUGAAUUUCAUUGAGAUUGAAUUAAUAGGUAGAAUACUUGUAAUGAUGCAUGUAAAAAAGAUAGUAAUACCGAUAAAAAAAGAAUAAUCCCGACUUCUUCCAAAAUUACUAAGUACGUGUAGUUUUAAAUGUGCAUUGAUAAGGUUCUAAUCGCAUUCAAUGUGAAACAGGUCUCGUUCUAUGCAGACACCAAAGUAUCCGAUUUUUUUACUACUAAAUACUUCAGGGAUUUAUUUCAUCUAUUCCAAUAAUUUACUUUAUUUUAUUGUUUUUAAUGAUUUUAUAGAAUGAAGAAAGAGCAUCUAUCUUAAUUUUAUGAUCGAAUGUAAUUAAUAGAGUAAAUUCCACGUAUUAUAAAGUCUACGACCGGUUCGGAUGGAAUUUCUUUUAUUUAUAUAUAUUUUAAUGUAUUUCGUAACUUUAAUGUGUCAAAGUGCAUUUAUCAUCAUGUGAUUAAGGCAGUGUUAGGUGAGGUAUAGUACAUUUUUGUCUUUGUAUUUUAUAUACAGCUAUAAACGAUGGUAAAUUAGAUUUUAUAAUAUAUCUGUAUCUGAUUGUCCCAUUUCAUUCAAAAUUCUAUAUGGAAAUGAUAUGGAACUGUAAUGUAUUUGAGAGUCUGUGCCAUUUGUUACUGAUAUUAAGAUAAAUACCGAGAUUUGACUUCAAUUUAUGUCGAAAUUGUAAAUAUAUUCGGGAAACAAGUUGAGUUAGCUAUAUAUAUGUAUAUAAAUGAAUAUAUGUAUAUAUAU